AUGGUGUUCAAUCUCCGAACCUUCAGUUUUGCCGAGUCCGUUGAAGACGAUCCAACACCUCCUAAAAGCUUCUCCCUAAAGGAGCUCCGACGCGCAACGGACAACUUCAGCAGCAAAAACAUCGUGGGGAGCAUUUGUUGGGGCAAGGUUUACAAGGGGCGCUUGGCCGAUGGUUCGCAAGUGACAGUGAAAAGAGCAAACUAUGUCAAUCGGUCAAGCGAGGAGGAAUUCGAAGCAGAAGUGCAAGUGGGAAGCACGGUUUCGACGCACCCAAACGUGCUACGCCUGAGGGGCUUUUGUAGGACCAAGAAAGAGCUUUUAUUGGUGUAUCCCUUGAUGAUCAACAAGAACCUAUUUCACAAUCUUAGAGGGAGACCUGAUCGGUUUGCCCGACCUCUCGAUUGGACUACUCGCAAGCGAAUAGCCUUGGGAGCAGCAAGGGGGCUUGCACACCUUCACAAUCAAGGCAACAUCAAGAUAUUGCAUCGUAACAUCUGCCCAAUCAAUAUACUGCUGAAUGUGCAUUUUGAGGCCGUGAUAGGAGGAUUUUCGCUUGCUGUGAUCAUGCAUGAGAAUAAUGCAGAGGAAGGGACUAUUGAGUGGCUCCCGUGGUCAGCUGAUUCUGGCUCCGAUUCUCAAUCCUGCCAUCGCUAUGAAGAUGUUUAUGUCAACACCACCCUCGGUGGCACAGUGGGGUUUGUUGCCCCCGAGUAUUGUCACUCAGGAAAGUGCACACUGAAGAAUGAUGUCUUUGCAUACGGGACAAUGCUUCUCGAGCUCAUGUCGGGAACCAGAAUUUCAAAACUUAAAUUGUCGGUGAUCUUAAGAACAAGAACGAGUUGGGAAGGGUGA